UGAAAAAAAGAGAGAGAAAGAGACGAAUAUGGACUGGAAAACUUGAUAGUCGGUUAAAAAAAAGAAAAAAAGAACAUUAAAUAAACAUUAUCGACACUUAAAAAGUGAGGCCAGAUAGACUAAGAUAUAAUUUCAGAAAUUAUAACGUUAAUGCACAACCAGGUGACUGCUUUGAAGCAGCAGGUUCGCUAACUUAAACUAAAGGUGUUGUAUUGGCUAAGUUAGCUUGGUAUUUUUCGCGUCGAUAGAUAGCAGGGUAGGAAGUUACAGCUAUUUCUAUAUGGCCGAAAAGGUGGUUUAUGUUGCUUAUGAAGUCAUACAACAUUGACAGAUAUGUCAACAUUAUCGGUGGACAAAGAAUUGCAGGAGCAGCUGAGAGAGGCAUCUGCUAUCGGAGACGUUGACGAAGUGCGGCUUUUAGUGGAGAGUGGAGUUAAUAUCAACUCGCAAAACGAAAUCAAUGGAUGGACAUGUCUUCAUUGGGCAUGUAAGAGAAACCAUGAACAGGUUGUGGCCUACCUCCUUGGUUCCGGAGCUGAUAAAGGAAUUCUCACAUCUAAAGGAGAAUUGGCUGUCCAGCUGACCUCUAAGCGUGAUAUACGAAGACUUCUUGGAGUGGAAGAAGACAUUCCUGAGGUGAAUGAACCAGAGUUGCCAAUUAUCCCAAAUUACCUGUCAAAUCCACAGUUCCCAUAUCGAAAGACGAAUGCAAAGGACCUGAUCCAGGAGUCCCAAAAUUCCCAAAAUGGCACAGUGGACCCGGAGCCUCACUGUGAACCAGCCUCCUCCCCAGACCCCUCACUGUCAGAUAAGCAUGAGAAGAGCUCAUUCGCUGACACAGAGGGAGAGAGGCAGGCUGCCUAUGUCCCAGUGCCAGGGCAGAAUGUCCUGCCACUGAACCCUCAUGGUGCUGUCAAUGGAUCAUGCUUGGAGGUCCAUCAUUCUAGUCAUGGGGAGUAUGCCCAAACAGUCAGAGAUAGUGGGCUGGUGUGCGCAUCUCUUUCCUCCGCCAGUGAGAGUUCCAGCUCCUAUGUGGACAAGCCCACCGUCGGCAAACAGCAGUCUGUUCCACAGCUGCUGAACACAACUCAGGCCGGCAUGUCUGUGCCUGCCUUCCAGCCGUUCUUCUUCACGAGCACGUUCCCUGUCAGUGUGCAAGAGCUGGUCCUGAAGGUGCGGAUCCAGAACCCAGAUGCCAGAGAAAAUGACUUCAUAGAGGUGGAACUGGACCGACAAGAGCUGACAUACCGUUCACUUCUCAGGGUGUGCAGUAGAGAGCUGGGCAUUAGCUCAGACUGCGUGGAGAAGAUCCGUAAGCUGCCUAAUACCGUGCUGAGGAAGGACAAAGAUGUGGCCAGGCUACAGGACUUCCAGGAGCUGGAGGUGGUGCUGGAGAGAGCAGAGAACCUGUCUUUGUUGUCAGAUGUAGGACAGGGCAGCCUGACAGACAGGCCAUGCUACAACAUGAAAGCCUCUAAGCUGACCUAUUAGGAGGUGGAGUCCGUUUAGACCUGACGCAACUAGUCCAUUAUAGGCAUUGAGGUGGUCGGCUGGGUGUGUCAUAGCAUUUUGUUCGGGACAGUAGUAGCGCGGAGCCAUUUUCACUGAUUCUACAGUUAGAAGAGCUAUUGGAAGGCCUGAGUGUAUGUGCGGAGAAAUUGAGCCUCUGAAUUGAACACUGUCGCAGAAGGUACAGGCAGCACUGAAUUCACAAAAAAUUAACCAUUUAUACAUAGAUCUGGAGGGAGAAACAAAACCAGCCUUGUAUUUUAAUACAGAUUUUUUUUAUUUUAACUUGUAAUUUUACUUUUAAUUAUAACAGCUGAUUUCAGCGGACUGUGAGAAGCACACGCCAUCAUAUUGCUUCCCGUAGCUUAAUUAAAUUAAAUGUGUUCUUACGCCUACAUUUUUUAGCUGCCCUGAAUUAUGCGGGCAAGCAAGAAAGCUUCUCCACUUCCUUAUAGACAGGGUAACCAGUUUUUCCUCCCUGUUAUCAUUGUACUCUCUCUGUCCUCGUAGGGAUUGUUAGAAGCAGUGGAAAGUGCCUACAUUAAAAUGAGGGUAGUUAUAUAACAUUUAACCUCCACAAAAAAAAGAAUUAUAAAUUGACUAUGCUGUUGGACUGCCUAUGGGGACCCCUGCAGGAUAAACAUUGAAAUUCAACAUUGAAAUUCAAUUUGAGACCGGCCUGCUGUGCAUGUUGGUAGUGUCAUUUAGGCCAAAAAAUUACUUGAUUGGUUUGUUUAGAUACUUAUUUCCCUAUGGAGACUGACUCAAUAAUUAAACUUUGUACAAAAUAGGACAAACUUAAAUUUUAGCUUUUGUCUGGUGGUACUAGAGUACAGUGUUACAGUACGGAAACCAAACAUUAAAAUCUUGACAGCUGUUUGAAAUGGCCAAUUACUGCCACUGUUGGCAUGUGUUAUUUGGUGUUUGGGGUUAAUUGUCCCCGUGUAACCAGUUUAGCAAAUGCCUUUAUUGCUUUGAUUCUCAUUGAACAUGGUAACCUUUGAAGUAUCUCCCACAACCCAAUAAUGUACAUCAAUAUACUAUACUGUACAUGAAGGGUUUGCUGCUUCAAUAGUAGCCUUGUUUUGGGAGGAGUGAUUAAGAGCACUUUCAUGUCAUUCAAAUACUGUAUUGCCUUCUCUACUAUCACCAUGAUUUGCUUCGAGAAUAAUAAGUGGAAUAAGACUAAUUUAUUUGAUCAAAUUUAAUGAAAGUUAAUUUGUUUUGUGAGUUUAGCAGAAACCCAAAAAUAGUAAUUCCCCAUACGCGUGGGUCCGCUUCGGAUCUCAACGUAGAAUAUAUAUUUUUUUUUAAUUGAAAUAUGGUAACCAUAGCUAUAAAUUUGGUUUAAAAAAAAAAAUUAAAAUACUGUGAAAUGUUUGUUAAAAAUUAAAAUCUAAUUUUUGUUAGAGGAAUUGUAACCUAUUUUCUUCAGGAAAUAGAUGUUUACAUUAUUAAUGUAUGGCUGUAGACCUGUAGAAAACAUGGAAACAAAUCAUGCUUACAAGCACACAAACUUCAGUGCUGUAAUGAAUGCAGUACUUGUGAAUUCACAGGAGGAAAAGUGAACUACUGGGACUGCUGUCUGGGUGAAUUUUCAUGAAUAAAUUCUGUUUUUUAUGUACCAUGUCUUCCUUUAACAGUUUUGGAUGGAAAAUAAAAAAAUAGAGGCAAACCAAGUGUGACAAUGCUAGAUUUAUGAGAGAGAAAUGGGAUGCUCCAAAAUGAUUAAUGAGUAUUUUGUAGAAAUGGAUUUAAUUGUUCACUGAAAGUUCAGGGGAAAUAUGUCUUGCCUGAGCAGUGAGAGAAAUGUCUUGACCUGUGACUUCUGUGAAGACACGUCAACCCAGUCUGACAAUUUUGCAUAAGUCAUCCGACUGACUCCGAGGAAAUCACUAACAUUGUACUAAUUGUUAACAUUCUUUAAGGAGUACAGUUUGACUUAGCCUAUACAUUCAGAGUCUGAUAUUUUUGUAUGUCUUAUGUAAUUUGAUAAAUACUUAAGCACUUUUUAACUUGUGUUACUGAAGACCUGUCACUGUUCUUCAAUAAAGCAUGGUAAUUAACUAUCA